GGCUGUCUCACUGUUCGGCAUGGAGACCUGUGGCUGCGAGGCUCCCGGGGGCUCGCCGUGGACCGCGAUGGGGCCGGGCCGCGGCCUCCUAACGGGACUGAGGUGUGCGGCCCGCGAGCCUGGCCGCCCGCUGCCCGCGUCUCGGAGCACCCCCGCCCCUCCCCUGGCCCGGCGCGGGCCCGGUGCCCGCCAUGAACGGCCUGUCGGUGAGCGAGCUCUGCUGCCUCUUCUGCUGCCCGCCCUGCCCGGGCCGCAUCGCCGCCAAGCUCGCCUUCCUGCCUCCCGAGCCCACCUACUCGCUGGUACCCGAACCCGAGCCGGGGCCCGGAGGGGCCGGUGCUGCCCCCUCGGGACCCCUGCGCACCUCAGCGGCCACCCCUGGGCGCUGGAAGAUCCACCUGACGGAGCGCGCUGACUUCCAGUACGGCCAGCGCGAGCUGGACACCAUCGAGGUCUUCCUGACCAAGAGCGCGCGCGCCAACCGCAUCGCCUGCAUGUAUGUGCGCUGCGUGCCCGGGGCCAGGUACACAGUUCUCUUUUCGCAUGGCAAUGCAGUGGACCUGGGCCAGAUGUGCAGCUUCUAUGUCGGCCUGGGCACGCGCAUCGGCUGCAACAUCUUUUCCUAUGACUACUCUGGCUACGGGAUCAGCUCUGGCCGGCCCUCGGAGAAGAACCUCUAUGCUGACAUUGAUGCAGCCUGGCAGGCCCUUCGCACCAGGUACGGCAUCAGCCCGGACAGCAUCAUCCUGUACGGCCAGAGCAUCGGCACGGUGCCCACGGUGGACCUGGCGUCACGCUAUGAGUGCGCUGCCGUGGUCCUGCACUCGCCUCUCACCUCGGGCAUGCGGGUGGCCUUCCCUGACACCAAGAAGACCUACUGCUUCGACGCUUUCCCUAACAUCGAGAAGGUGUCGAAGAUCACGUCACCGGUGCUCAUCAUCCAUGGCACGGAGGACGAGGUGAUCGACUUCUCACACGGGCUGGCACUGUAUGAGCGCUGCCCGAAGGCCGUGGAGCCGCUGUGGGUGGAGGGCGCCGGGCACAACGACAUUGAGCUGUACAGUCAGUACCUGGAGCGCCUGCGCCGCUUCAUCUCCCAGGAGCUGCCCAGCCAACGCACCUAGCCAAGCUGCAGGGACCUCGGCAGCACUCGGGCCUCCUGCCGGGGCUGCAUGUGACCCGGCGCCCAGGACCCUGCCCGGCACCCCACGGCCACGAGCCAUGUGCAGGUGAUGGAGGCCCCUCCUCUCCUUGUGGAAGCAAAGAGAAGGAAAGAGGGAAACUAAUUAAAGGUUUAAGAUUUUA